CCUUCACACCCAAUGAGAUCUAGCUUCAGGGAGUAUAGACAACAUAACAAACAGUAGAGGGUUUUCUUUCACCCUGUAGACAAUCUUCACCCCGACACUGCUGACGCUGUCACCUGCAGGUUCCUGUUUGGGUUUGAAUGAUGUCCGGCAUCAAAGGGAGUAAGUGCACACUUGUAAUACGAGGCCUGAUACUCUGGGUGUUACUGACCAACAUCAUGGUGGUGCUGUACUGCCUGACAAACCCAACCCAAGUGAAAAUCAGGGGCUCUCAAGAGGACACGUGUCCUCUCAGUGUGGCAAAAUUACUUAAGCGAAAUGGAACCACUCCUGCUCAAAGCACAACCUCCCAGUCCGACCAGUGCUCACCGACAGUGGACAUCAUGUUCAUGAAGACCCAUAAAACUGCCAGCAGCACUGUACUCAACAUCCUCUUCAGAUUCGGUGAAAAGCACAAGCUUAAAUUCGCCUUCCCCAAUGGACGCAAUGACUUCUUCUACCCAUCGCCUUUCCUGUGCUCGCAGGUGAAGGACUACAGGCCUGGAGAGUGUUUCAACAUUGUUUGUAACCACAUGCGCUUUGACCGUCAAGAAGUAGCCAAGCUCCUGCCUCCGGGUGCCGUGUACAUCACCAUCCUCCGUGACCCCGUGGAUCUGUUUGAGUCGUCCUUCCAUUAUUACCACAGAGCGGUUCCUCUCACAUGGAGGAUCAGUGGAGAGGACAAACUGGCAGAGUUUCUGGAUGAUCCUCAGAGCUUCUACAGCCCAGAGGCUUUCAACUCAUUCUAUCUUAAAAAUCUGCUCUUUUUUGACUUCGGUUUUGAUAACAACCUGGAGGCUGAUGAUCCUCGCGUGAUGAGAGCCAUCCAAAACUUAGCGAAACAUUUUGAUCUGGUUCUCAUGGCAGAAUAUUUUGAGGAGUCUCUUAUCCUGCUGAAGGACACGCUGUGUUGGACCAUGGAGGACAUCCUCUAUGUUAAACUCAAUGCUCGCAAGCGCUCGUCUGUAUCCCACCUGACUCCUGAGUUGAGAGCCAAAGCUUUACAGUGGAAUGGGGCCGACUGGAGACUCUAUCAGCACUUUAAUGCUACCUUCUGGGCCCGAGUAGAGGCAUUCGGGGCCGAAAGAAUGAAACAAGAGGUUAAAGAGCUGAGGAGAAGAAAUGCUGAGAUGAAGGCCAUCUGCAUCGAAGAUGGAGGUGCAGUUGAAGCCCAAAAGAUUCAGGACACACGGUUCCUGCCCUGGCAGCCGGUGGGAGAGUCUUCCAUCCUGGGGUACAACAUGAAGAAAAGUAUUGAUCCCAAAUUCAGGACAGUCUGUAAAAAGAUGCUCACACCUGAAAUACAAUACUUAUCAGACAUGGGCGUAAACCUGUGGCUUACUAGACUAUGGGGUCGGCUCAAAGAUGCCAUUUUUAUAAUUUAACUUUGAUUAAAACACUUACAAGUAAAGUAUAGCUAGUUAUCCUGCAACACAUGUAUGAUGCCUACUUGAAACAAAUGUUUUCUUCUUAUUUUAGUACAUUUUGAAACUUUUCUUUUGAGAUAGAGGUACAUAUUGUUAAAAGAAGCUGAAUUCCCAUUUGGCUACAUGUAAUGCGUUACAUUUAGAAAACAUCCAGACCAGUUGGGUCACAGCCCUCUUAGAUAUGUCCACUCAUCACCCACUGGCCAUUAAUUGCUUCUUUUGGAUCUUUCAACAUUGUACACUACAUAAAAAUGCUUAAACUGUGUUUACACUCUUCAGGCUUUAAAUGUGAACAGAACACUCCUCCAUGUUGUUGUGCCUGUUCUGCAGUUGAUACUCACCUCUGGAGUAAGAUUACAUAGCAAAUUAAGCAAUGUUAUGGACAGCUUUUUUGCUUGAUGAUCCACUGUAAGCACAAAUGUCUCUGCCCUAAGUUAUAUAUGUUUCAAGAGGACAUCGCAUAGUUGUCAUGAGACCUGGUGCUAUCUACAUCUACACGAUCACUGAGUGGCACACAGUGUUCGUGUGCCCCCUACAGGCCGGAGGAUGAGGUGCGCAACACAUGGCCUAGACUGACCUUGUCAUAAUUGUUUACAUAACAUGUUAUCAUCGACAGUAAAAAUGGUUUCACGUGGCAGAAAAAGCAAAUCUAUUUUCUGUGUGUAAACUUUAGCUUCAGUUUUGCUGUAAGCAAGUGAUUGAUCAGUUUCUUGACUAUUUGGUUCGACUUUAAACUAAAUGGAAAUGAUUUUUAGUAAAAGUUGGCAGCUACUUUCUUGCUGUGGUAACAUUACCUUCUGUUCGUGGAUUAAAUUUUUAUAUUGUU